AUGUUUAACAUUACUGCAGAUGGAGGUUCAUUCUCUAAGAACUUGGAGGAUUUUGACUCUAUUCGCAGUGUGCUCCUUUACAGUGACCUGGAACCAGAAUGGCUUGAUGACAUCCAGAAGAAUGGUGAGCUUUUCUACCUGGAGCUGAGUGAGGGCGAAGAGGAGGCCGCAUUGGCCCAAGCCACCGCCAAUCAAGGUGUGUCCACUAAUCAUGUUCGCUUUAGUGAAGAGGAGGCCGAGGUCAUCACGGAGCAGAACAAGAAGCAGCGACGCGGGUCAAGGACGAAAGGUGAGCCCACACUUAAAAGGUUAGCAAGGAUCCUGAGGAAAAAGCGGCGGCCAUCUCUGCGCAAAGGAGGAGGAAAGGAUGGGGGUAAAGACAACUCGACUUCAUCGCCUCCAGCUUCCAUCCUUAAGAACCAGCCAGGUCAAAGGCAGGGUGUGACAGUUCAACAGCAGCAGCUGAAGGAAGUGUGUGUCUACCUCAACCCUAAACGUCUUGGAGGUUCAUCAACGCCUCUGUCUGACAGCGGAGGCUUGCUGGAAGCGCUGCUGGGGGUGGUGCAUCGCCCCUCCUGGAGCAGACGACAGGGAGACACUGCAGUGGUCAGCCGGGAGGAAAGACUGACUGUUCAUGGAUUAAUACCCAACAGCCCCGCCAUCAAAUGUGGCCAAAUUCUAAUAGGUGAUGUGCUUGUAGCAGUGGACGACGUGGACGUGACCUCUGAAAACAUCGAGAGGGUUCUGUCCUGCAUCCCGGGACCAACACAGGUGAGGCUGACGUUGGAGACGGUGUCUCAGGGGGACAGCAGCAGUGCUAAUGACACUUCAUUGGACCGUAAGACAAAGGCCUCUUCUCCUCCAGUCAGCCAGCUGGUGCGUCUGCUGUGGGGAGAGGACACAGCCGAGCUUCAGAUGUCCAUAGGACACAUCCCGCACAUCGUCAUGUACCUCUCACUUAAACUGGACUCAGCAUCGCCGCAGGAAGAGGAGGAGAUCUUGUACCAGUACCCCGUGUCUGAGGCAUCCGGCCAGCUGAAAGGAGUGAGGGGCAUCUUCCUCACGCUGUGUGACAUGCUGGAGAACGUCACAGGAGGGCAAAUACUCAGUUCUUCUCUCCUGCUCGGGAAACAGCUGGUCCAUGUGGGCUACUGGAAGGAAAACAACAACCUGUUGGUCAUCGGGCUUCCUGCUGAGAGGGUUCCACUGCUGUAUCUGCAGACGGUGGUGGGAGACGUAGUCCGCACACUAAAAGUGAUGUACGGCUCCUUAGACAAUGCGUUCUGUAAGGUGGACCAUGCUCCCAGGUUGGACCACUUCUUCUGCCUGUUCUUCCAGCAGCUCAUCCAGCCGUCUCGCUUGAGGGACGGCUCUUCAGCGCCGACCGCCGACGUCUCAGGGACCCUUUUUCUUGACGGUCUGCCGGCGGUCCGAUGGCUCACGCUGCCUCCGGAAAUCAAGAUGGAGGUGGAUACUGUUCUUUCGGAUUUCGAGUCUUCUGAUUUUGGAGAAAUGUCUGAGGACUUUUUUGGCCUGAGGCGUCUGUACUUAAUUCUUGGCUCCUGUUUGUUCUACAAGUCCUACCUGAUUGCCAACCAUCUGCCCAAAGAGGACCUGCUGGAUGUGUGCCUGUACUGCCAGCACUACUGCCUGCUGCCCCUGGCGUCUGAGCAGCGGGUGGGUCAGCUGGUCAUCUGGAGGGAGGUGUUUCCCCAGCAGAGAACUAACAGCCCCAGCAGCAGCACAGCGCCAGGCUACAGCCAGCCUCAAGGCCGGCACUUCCUCCUAAUAGUGGGAUUGAGGCACUUCAUGCAGUGUGUGCUGUUGGAGGCAGCUGGCUGUGCUUCUCCAGCUUUGGGCUCUCCAGGACCGGACUGUGUUUACGUAGAUCAGGUGAAGGCCACUCUGCUGCAACUGGAGGUUUUGGAAGCAGGUAUUGAGGAGCGUCUCAAUGCGCCGCCUGCUCCCUGCCUGUCCUGCGCUGACUGGUUCCUCCCUGCUGCCACAGCCCGUGACCGCCUGGACAGCCUGGCCUCUUCCUCCCCAGUCUUCAGCAAGCUAGCGGGGGCUGUUAAAGGCUCCUCGUCCGGGUCCAGAGGCCGUAGCCUGUUUGGGGAGAAGGCCCGGAGGUCCAGUCCCCAGAGGAGCCUGUCUGACAGCGGAAGUGAGGGACCGAUGGAUGCUGGGUCAGGGUCUGGUUCAUCAAUGGCUCCAGGCCUCAGUCCACAUUCCACCCCGGACUCAGGGAGGAAGCUGGGGGGGCGUCGGGACUCGCUGGGAUCUGGAGGUUCUGAUGGGAGUGGAGGCAGUGGAGGCCUCUUCAAGAUUCCCAGAAUGAAGCACCCAAACCCAUUCUACCUUGGCACCCUUAAGAAAACCCUGACUGAAAGGGAGACAGAGGAGAUGUACAACACCAUGAAACUGACUUCAGGUGCAGAGAACACCUUGUUCCACUACGUCUUGAUGGAAACAGUUCAGGGGAUUUUCAUUGCUCCGACUCACAGAGAAGUGACUCAGCUCAGCGGCUCUAUACACCCACAGCUUAUCCGCAACUUCCACCACUGCUGCCUCUCAAUACGGGCCGCGUUUCAGCAGAGCCUACCAGCCAGGGGCCGUCGGGCCUUGGACAGGCCUAGGGGCGGAGGUUGGGGUCUGGGGCCCGUGAAGGAACACGGGGUCUUGUUUCAGUGUAAACCUGAGAACUGGACCGACCAGAGGAAACCUCCUCCCACCAUGACUUACUGGGUCAUAGGACGGAUGUUGCUCGAGCCCGUCCCUCAGGAGUUCUACGUGUGUUUCCAUGACUCGGUGGCAGAAGUUCCUGUAGAGAUGGCGUUCAGACUCUCCUUUGGCCUGGCCUUGUGAUUAUUACAUCUGGGACAAUGGACUCUCCAACUGCAACAUCUGUUACACUCUCAGGGAAAAUAAUUCAACCAAAUGUGGGAAAUUAAUGAUGGUUGUAACAGUUUCUUACAGUGGAGUAUGAAUCUCAUAACGUGCCUCCAUUUCCCAGAUGAUUUCCUGAAAAUGACAGCAAAGCAUGACUCCUGCAGUGAUUAGCAAAUAGCAACUACUGACCUCAGACCAGUCAUUUUUGUGCCUCAUUGCUCACCAUAGAUGUGUGCAAGGGUCUUUGUGUCGAUGAAUCAAUUAAAAUGACAAAUAAGGGGGUAUUGAUAUUGUCACAAUUUGUAUGCAGUGUU